CACAAAAGUAACUUAGCAAGAGCGCGGUACACGAACCAGGCGUUCUUCAUCCGGAGUUUCCUUCCGCUAGUAUACUCCUUAAGGGUUGUUGUUGAUACGUUAAAAUACCACAUGUCUUAGAUGUAAGAUCUGUUUUAAGUAUGAUUAUAUAUUGCUGUGAUCUCUUUAUCAUUUAUACACCUAAUUGUUCUUAUUUUUAGGAAGCAUGCGAAUUCUCAUUCAAAACCCAUAGCAAAUAUCCCCCAGCUUUAGAAUCACCCGUUGAGUAUGAUUCAUAUGUUUUAAAUCUUUGUCAGACCUACUGUAAGAAUAAAGUCUUUAGGAUUGUUUGUGACAAUGUGUAGAUUUAAUUCACAAAUUUAUGAUUUGUUGUCGACACAUUGAAAAUAAGGUUCAGAUUCCAAAGAAGCAUGAUAUUUUGAUUGGGUUCAUAAUGUUGUUACAACAGAAACUAUGUAAUAUAAAACUUUAUUGAGUCAUGUACCGUAACUUAGCCAAAACUAAAUUUCCUAGUGAAUCAAUUAGGUUUUAAAAGAAUUUGUAAGAGUUUAAUUUUAAGUAUAAAAGCUAUAGGGAAACAGAACGUUUGAUGAAGAGGGAGAGGAGAUGGAAUAUUUACAGAGUAAGAAAAAUUUGAUGCAUAUUUUAUGGCCAAUUGGCUAUACUUAAGUACACCUUGAAAUAUACACGUUAGGCUUUAAAUUAGGGUUUUCUUAACUUUUACAAAGCAAUGAUUAUGAUGGGAUCUAUCGAAAUCUUAUGUACCAAAUCGCUACAUAAAUUUACUAGCCUUGAUUUUCUUAAAAAUGGGUUCUCAAUAUGUUAACAUCCUACAGCCGAGACUUUCAAAGAUAAAUGUGCAUACUUUACAUUUACACCUGAGUGUCUCAUUUCUUUUAUAUUAAGGUGCUUUUACACGCUACUUUAAGCUUCUACAUAAUGCAUUCGUUGUCUUAAACUGCAUUUAGUUUUCACGUCAGAAAAGAUUGUCUCUACUACAUGUCUAGAUACGCUGUUUGAAUGGCAUCUAUAUCUUUUUGUUUUAUAACUGACUUCACAUAUACGGCAUAAACUGAUAUAUUAUGCAAAGUACGGCUUUAUGUCGUGGUUGCUACCUGUAUUAUCGAGUCUCCUCCCUUUAUUGUGGCUAGACGAUAGUUUUUUAUAAUUUGCAAUGACACAUUAAAAUGGGUAGUUUUAAUAUUUGAAUGUCCUUUCUAGGUGCUGAUGCCCGUAGUUCAGGCCACUUUAUCUUUUGUCGUUGAAUUACGAGAGUUUCAUAAUGUUGACCUUUAUCACCGUGGCUAUUACCAGAUUCGCACUUACAUAAAAACAAAUGGACAGUCAGUAACAACUACGGGAUCUGCUAAUGCCAAAGCAACAGCGUUUGUUGAACCCCCAUUUGUUUGGGAAAGAUCUAGUAAACGAUUUAAAAUACCAGAGGCCAAAACGGCCAGUUACAUCGAGCCAAGUGUUUCUGUUCCAACUUAUGUUCCAGAAAAAGCUUGUAGCAAGACACUAUUGAUUAUGUAUCGUGAGGAAACUGCAAAGCUAUGCGAUGUGUUUGAACAGAGGAUACUGAUCCAAGUUGACCCCAUAAAUCUGGAGGAUUCUUUAAUGAAGAAUGAUCUCUUUCUAUGUGUUGAGUUAUGGUUUGUAGAGGACCCAAUUGACAGGCAAUUUACUUUGGAGCUGUUAACAAAAGUGAGUGAACGUCAACUGCGCAUCCACCUAACUCCUUCACGUGGACUGAAUUAUCAUUUCACUGUUUUCUUCGAUUAUUUUCAUCUAUGCGCUGUUGAAUUAGCACUUUAUGGUGCAUUAACAAACAUUUCCCCUAAUAUCAUAAGUUGUCCAAAAACUUCACCUCAUAAUACACCAGUUCAAAUGAACAAUCCAAUAGUGAAUUUAACUCAACAAACUUGGCAUAGUAUUCUUUGCAGUAUUAAACAGGCUAGCAGACAUCAUUUCGCCCUUGCUAUCCAUAGACAUCUUUGUCAAAUAUUACUGGCAGCAAGAGAAUCUAUGCUUUUGUUUUGGCGUGAAAGUAUUCCUUACUUACCUGCAAAUGUUAAACCUCGAAUUGAAACUGUGGACUUUCGAAGUAAAUUGGACUCACUUACUCAGAUAACCCAGGUUCUAGAAACAGAUGAUGACUUGGCAAAUCAGAUUUCACUCGAUAUUGCACGUCUUUCAUCCCAAAACACUACCUUGUUCAAACAACUUUGCAAAUCUGUCACCUUGCAAUCUAAGCUGGCCAACUUUCUACGCCGAAGAUUUCAUCAAAUUCGUAUGAAACGAUUUGCUGAAGCAUUUUUCUGUCAAGAAUUAUCACUUGCCAAUUUAUUAGCUAUUUACGAUUCAAGUUUGGCUGGGCAUGAAUCUCUCGCCUCUGAUGUACGCCAGUCGCUUUAUUUCCAAAAGCUUCCAACUCUACCGGUUACAUGUCGUGAAUUGGAUGGGGAUAUGACUAAUUUACCAAUAAUUUUUGAAGAUAUUUUUCUACCACUCACUGCUGGUGAGACAAAGUCGCAUACUCCCUUAUCUAUGAAUUCAUAUCAUUCUAAUACCAGUGUACUGAAUAAAAUACCAGAAAAUUCUGCACAGAAGUCAUCGCUAGAAGUAUUUCAUUGUAAUAAUAAAUCAUCGUUAAUCGGUGAUUCAUCUACUUCACAGAAAAAUCGUUACGAUGACAAUGAGUCUGGUAUUUAUAUGGAAGACGAAAUGAUCUCAUCACAGUCCUCGAAACACCCAUCGAUCAAUUUAUGUCGACGUGAUACUGUCCCUUGUGAAGACAAAAAAACAAAACGUCCAGUUUUAGGCAAUUAUAUGUACCCUUCAACAGUACCGAAUCUGUUAGCUUAUCAAACAAAUGCCAUUUCUCAGUCAAGUCCCAACCUCGUAUCAUUACCAGUACGACAUAUGCCAGUAUCAACUAAACCAGUGUUCAAACCACCACUAGCCACAGUGACUACACCGGCAACAAAUCAUUUCAACAAUUGUCAAUCUAGGCGUAAAUUCUAUCCACCUGGUAAUCACAGUCGAAAAUUCCAUUAUUUUGAUAGAUCUCAUGGAUCCUCUGCUCUACAACAUUUCAACGAUGAUAGUUCAAAAAUUAAAUUAGUUGGAUAUCGUUCCAUUCGACCUUUGGAUAAUCAUGUCGAUCGUGAUUCUGGUUUUCUCGAUAGUAGACCUAGAUUAACUGAAUCCUCUUUGAAUCUCCAACUAGAUGCAAAUCAUUCUGCUAGUUCGAUGGCAGCUACUGUUCGUCGACCUGUUCUCGCUAUACGAGAUAUUCGUUCACGCUCCCUAUACAAUUUGUCAGUUAACUCACCUAGAAUAAAACCUUUGCAUUCGGAAGUCGCUGCAACUUCAAGCAAGAAUACAUUGAAAUCAGCUUCGUUAUCUCUCUUAAACGUUUCAAGUGAAUCCACAGAUAUGUCAUCAAUUAGGUGUUCAGUAAACAAAGAUCGUCCAACAUCUAAAUGGAAUACUUUCACUCCAUGUACAAAUAACAGUUCAAAGACUUCAAUUCUCACUAGUGCUAAGUCAAACACUAUAUAUAUGGAAUCAUUCCCUCGUCAAUUGCACGAAGUUGUAGCCUUAGGAACAUUGAAAAUAGCUCCUUUACAACCGCCUGGUGGGUGUGUACCGCCAGCCCACCUCACCAAAGAAGCAGAUUCUCUACUACCAUCCGACCAUUUUUACAAAUCUCGUCUUGGUGGAAGUUUUGUCUCUUUACCAAGCAUUCCUCUUUCUUGCACUGUUCCACGUGUUGUUUCGGAAGGUUGUCUUACGAAAAUUUCUUCAGUGGACCAAUUCUCUUGGAGUAAAUCUCGAAGACGUGUAAAAGUUCGCAAUCUGAGAAGGAGUCAUGUAUCUAGUGGCAGGAGAUCACAAUGCAAUCAGUUAAAAACUUACACUGCAGAUUUAGCAUAUUUAGGCAGUUGUUCAGAUUUACAAAUCGCUGCUUUAGAAGAUGAAUUCAAAUCAUCAAAUUGUAUGCGACUUAGGAAUCAUUCCCUGAAUGUUGUUCCCUAUCCGUCAAUGACAAGCUCACUAAUGCAAGAGAGAAAACGACUUACGAAGUCGAGCACAUUGUUAUCAAAUAAAGAAGAGUCAAAUAUGGAUAUGCAUUCCAUCUCAUCGUCAUUAUCAACAAUCGAUAUAUUUGACUGUACACAACAGAAUAAUGCCAGUCGUUAUCUGUUGUCUCAUUGUUGGCCUACCAGUGGAACUAACCAUCGGUGUAACAGUGUACGUAAUCACAGGAAACAAAACAGGAAAUCAAAAGUAUCUGAGGAUUCCCAAAUAAGUAUGACUUGUAGUUGUGAUGAUAAGAGUUAUGUUACCACUCCAGUUACUUUUACUUCCUUUCCUUCUACUAAUAUCACCACUAGUUUUAACGGUAAAUAUCAGUGGCCGAAAUCCCUAGCUAUUGGUAGUAGUUAUCCAUAUGGAUCGAGUUCAGAGAAUGGUACAACUUCAUAUGAUUGUUUGUGUGUUGAUAAUUCUAGUAAUGAUAAAAAGUCAAAACAUUUGAAUGGGACUCAAGGCAGUAAUGUUGUUGAUACUUGUUCCAAUAAACGGUCAACUAAUAGUUCUGAUUGUUCACACUCAUCGUCUAUUCAUUUGGAAGGUGAUGAGGAAGUGGAUAGUGCUUCUCGUGCCAAUAAUCAAAUACCUUUGCCUACAGAUUCUGUACACGAUAAGAGACUGAAGGAAUGCGGUUAUCAGAUCCCGGAUAUUUUAAGCAGUGACGAAGAUAUAGCCAGAAAGAAUUCACCGAAGCUGAGUAUUUUGGAAAUGUUGAACAAUGAAGCAGAACGUAAUGGUGCAAAGACCUCAGCUACAAAUUGUAGUGGUCCUAAUAAUGUGUUAAAUCAAUCCUUAAUUAGUCAGAAGUCACCGAAAAGGAAUAAUUGCCCAGUCCAUACAUCUGUACUACCACAAAAAGAAAAUAAUGGUUACAAAAACACACUGAAUGGUGGUAAUCAUCUAGAGACUGAUAAAUGUCAGUCUCUGUUAGAUAUUUUAUCACCUGGUGUAAUGGAAUUUCUACGUCUUAAAGAAAAAGUCAAACGAGAGAUUGCUCCACACUUCCAGGGUCAUGUCUAUAGUGAUUUCGCUACAUUGGCAGCUCCCUACGCUUAUUUCUCAGAGGCUCCAAUAUUUGACGAAGAUGUCCACCUUAUUAUUUGUGUUCAUGGACUAGACGGUAACUCCUGUGAUUUACGUCUUGUCCGUGUUUAUCUUCAAUUGGCCCUACCAGACUGUCGUUUACAAUUUCUUAUGUCUGAAUGCAAUCAGCAGGACACAUUUGGUGGUUUCGAGAUAAUGAGUGAGAAGUUAGUCAACGAAAUUGUAAAUUAUAUUGAGGACAUGGAAGAAGAACCAAAGAGAAUCAGUUUUAUUGGACACAGUAUGGGUUGUGUAAUAAUUCGGGCAGCACUGUUAGAUCAUCGUAUGAAACCCUAUUUGUCCAAAUUGCAUACAUUCCUUUCUCUUAGUGGUCCACAUUUAGGCACAGUAUACAACUCUUCCGGUCUCAUUAAUAUGGGUAUUUGGGUGAUGCAAAAGAUUAAAAAAUCUGAAAGUCUUUCCCAGUUAAGACUACGAGAUGAUCCUGAUCUGCGCAAUACUUAUUUAUAUCGUCUAAGUUCUAGUCCUGGUUUAGAUUUAUUUCGUUAUGUACUUUUGGUUGGUAGUCCACAGGAUCGUUAUGUACCAUAUCAUUCAACGCGAAUUGAAUUGUGCAAAGCAGCAAUCCGAGAUUCUUCUACACUAGGAUUUAUCUAUAUGGAAAUGGUUACAAAUUUACUACAACGUCUUAUCAAGUCUACACGUACCACUGUUGUUCGAUACGAUGUACAUUAUAGUUUGACGAAUUCAGCGAACACACUGAUUGGUCGUGCAGCGCAUAUUGCUGUAUUAGAUUCUGAAAUAUUUUUAGAAAAAUUUAUUUGUGUUUCAGGAGCUAAAUAUUUCCGGUGA